AUGAAAGACUGCCUCUUGUUGAAAACUAAUCUUAUUUAAAUUCUUGGAAAUAAUUUUGUGGAUUUAAACUAACUUUAUUAAACUUCGUCAUAGCUUAUAAAACAAAAGAAUUUAUUAUAAACACAGCUUAUAUAAUUGCAUGCACAGAACGAAUAUAGCCAAGAGCUUCUAAAUAUUUGUAGCAUUUUUGAAAAAACUCUUUAGUUUAGUGAAAAGCUAAAUAUUUUCAAAAAGAAAACAAAUAAAUUUAAUGUUAUCAAUAAAUUACCAUUAAAAAGUUCAGAUUCUUGUGUAAUUUUUGUUUCUUUAAUAAAUAAUUAUGGAAGUAUUAUUAGAGUAUCAAAGAAUUUCCAAGAAGUAAUAACUUCUUACACCAAUCAAGAAGUUAUAAACUCUAGCCUAAACAUUAUUAUCCCUAAUUAAAUUUAUGAAGCACAUCAGUAAUAACUUAAACACUAUUUAUAAAAUGUGGAGAGUACAAAUUAAAUUAAGAAUUUCCCAUUAUAAAUUGGAAACUCAAAAGAUGGAUGGGCUAUUCCUUUAAAUAUCAAAAUAUAAUAUCAUUAAAUUGGAGAAUAAGAAAUAGGUGUUUCGGCAUGGAUUAGAAAGUAAGAAAGAAACUCUAAUUAAUAUCUUAGUCUAUUGUUAGAUGAACAUGAAAAAAAAUGCUCACCAGUUGUUAUGUCUUAAGCCUUUUUUGAAUCAAUUUUUAAAGAAGUAUAUACAUAAAAGCAAAUUCAUACAAUUAAUAUGAAUUUAAUAGCUCCAGCUCUAUAUGCAAUUAUUGAUAAAUGCGAUAAUUAAGAAGAGAAAGAAACUUACAUUAUAAAACCAAUUUCAAAAGCUUAGCUAACUAAUAAUUAAUUAGACUAUAACAAGAAUUAGUCAUAUUUCAAUGAUAUUUUUUAGUAUAAUGAAAUUUUUUGUGUUUAAUUUAAAAUUUACAGAUCUUAAUCAAAAUUUAUCAACCUUGCUUAACUCGAGUUGUUUUAAGUUACAAAAGUAGAACAAUAAUAAUUAAAAUACGAAAGUCUUAAAUUACUGAAUAUUUAGCUUACAAAAUUUUGUAAUUACAAUCUACCUAAUUAAUACGAAACUAUUUAAUUUAAUUUUAAACAGUCUCUUUAUUUUACCAAUAAAAGUAUUGAGGAUAUUUAAUCUAGAGAUGAAUCUACAUUCUCGUAACCAACCCCUGAAAUGAUUAAUCAAAGUUCGAACUAAAAAUAAAAUAAAUAAGAUAAUUCCUUAUUAAAAUAUAAGGAUAAUAUGAUAAGCUUUGAAAAUAACCAUUAUUUAUAUGAAGAAGUUUAGCUACAAAACGAAAAAGAAGAAAUAUCUUUAGAUUAAAAUAAUAUCACUAGCAGAAAUUUACUCAACUAAACACUAACUUUGAAUGAAUUAGAUCAUUUGUAAAUGAUUUAAGGUAUGUCUUCAACUUAAAUAGAAUUUUAAAAAGGAAAAGGUAGCUUAUAAUACAAUUCUUAAACAUAAUCAAAUUCUAUUUUUAAAAGUAAGAAUAACGACUAAAAUAUUGAAUAGUUAAUAAAUAAUUAUUAAUUUACUAAGUAAAUAUCCACAGAACUAUUAGAUCCUUUAACUAAAUAAACCAAAAAUUUAAAAUUCAAAGAAUUGACUAAUAAAGUUAUAACACUACCUGAAAAUGUUCCUAAUUAUCAUAAAAAGCCUUUUUUAACUAAAAUAAACUAGUAAGAGCAGAGUAUAAGUUCUAUGAAAACAACAAAUUCAAAAACAAAGAAAGAAAUAAUAAACUCAAUAAAAUCCUCAAAAAGAAUGUUAGGUUUGAUAAUACUUAAUUAUAUUGAUCUGUAAAACUUUCUUUUAACUUAAAAAAUAUCUUUUGAUUAUUUAGACUGGAAUAGCGAUUUGAGAAUAGCGCUUAGUUCAAUCUUAACAAAUUUAUAUAUGAAUUCUUUAGUAAAUCUGUAGCUUUUGGUGCCAAAAGAUCCUACAAAGACAACUUAAUACGUGUAAUUAUUUUUAAAUUAAAUGCAAGAACAAAGGAUAUACUACUCUAAUUUGACUAGUGAAUAUUCAAAAGGGGAUAAGGACAAAAUUCAAUAAUUUAAAUUAAUUAUGGAAAAAAAAUUUAUGUAUAUUCAUACUAUUGAAGGAUUAAAUUAUACAACCAAUUUUAAUUUAGGAUACACAUUAGCUAUGUAAAAAAGUUAUUUAGAUUCAUUUAGAUUAAUACCAUAAUCCUAUGAUAUAAAUAGUAUAGUUACUAUUUUCUAUAAUCUUCAGCUUUUCGAUGACACCUUAAAAGAAAUUCAAGAUAAUUCUUUUAAUGAUUAUAGUGAUAAAAUGAAUUAAAUUUUAUUAUAGCAGUAAUACAACUUAGUAUCAAUUUCACUUAUUACUUUAACUUGUGCAAUAAGCAUCUUACCUAUUUAUUAAUUUAUCCAGAAAAAAAGAGAGUAAAUCUUAAAACUAAUGACUAAUAUUUCACCAGAAAAACUUAAAUAAAUGUUAGGAACAACAAGUAAUUAUUUGUUUUAAAUAGACUAAGAAUUAACUUAAUAAGAGAAACAAAAAAAUUCAAAAAAAAAAGUUGUUGGAUUCUUAAAACAAAGUGAAAAUUUAAGCUAAUAAAAAAGCUAAGAGUAUUUUUCUAACAUUUCUAUCCAAAAAAAGAAAAAUAUUAGCUAAACUUCUAAUUUUGCAAAAAUAAAUUUCAAAUAUUUACUUGGAUCAUUAGCCUUUUUUAUUCUUAUGUAGAUUUACUCAUUUUCAAUUUAUGUGAUAAUUAACAUGUAUUAGGAUAACUCUAUCAACAAUAGGUUGUUUAUGGAUCAAUUAGCAGAAGCUCGUCAUUUUCUUUAGAUUUAUGUUGGUACUGUAUACAUUGGUUUUGUUGGUAAGUUUGCACCAUAAACUCUUCCUACGUCUUAAGAGUAUUUGUUCAAUAAAAUUAAAUAAUUAUAAUAAUCUUCAUCAAGCUAUCUGAAUAACAUUUAUAGCUAUCAAAACAAUUUUUAUGGGCACUCGAGAUAUAAAUAAGAAGAUUACAAUUAAUACAUCAUAAAAGUCUUAGAGAAAAACUCAUGUGAUGUAAUAAAAAAUAACCCAAAACUAUUAAGUAAAAAUAUAGACUUCGACUAUAAUUAAUGCAAGUAAACAGGUGAUUAAUUAUUAGACUAAGGGCUUGUGUAGUCUUUGAAAUCAGUAUUUGAGUUUAAUGGACAAAUAAGUGAUUUAUACGAUAUAGAUGACUCUAAUCAAUUUUACAUUGCACUAAAAAAUCUUGAUUCAGCAAAGUCUUUAAUAGAAAAUCCUUUAGUAAUACAGUAAAUUAGUAUAGUUAUUCAGUAGCUUAAUUAUUUUCUUAAAAUUAUGACAAAUGAAUUAUUUGAUUUUUGGAUAAUUGCAAAUCUAGCUUUGCUAAUCUCACAAUUAACUGCAACUAUAAUAGUUUUGGUCUUUGGAUGGUAUAGAUUUUAUGAGAGAAUAGAAAAAUCCUUACACGAUACAAAAUAAUUAUUGGAAGUAAUAGAUAUAGAUGUAUUACUUGAUAAUUCAUAUGUGGUAUCCUACUUCAAAGCAAACAGAUGA